AUGAACGUUGCGUGCUGCAGUGAUGUGCUUUACAUGUAAUACGUUUAUAACUAUGCAAAGUAUAUUUACCUGUUGUGCAAUGUUAUACAAGAUAAUCGUAGUAGAAAAAUAAAAUAGAAAAUAAUACAUAGUUAUGUCUAUUUCAAUUGAAGCAGAUAAAGAUGCCACGUAUCUAGCAACGCCAAUGCAAGAAAUAAACGCAGCUUUAAAAGUAUGUGCCUUCGGUUGGUUCCACAUAAAAUUGCUUAUAAGCUCGUUCUUCGCCAUGUUAGGAGGGACAUUUAUUACCAACACGACGCCCUACAUUUUACCGAACGCAGAAUGCGAUUUGAAUAUGGAUUUAUUGCAGAAGGGUAUCAUUAAUGCCGUUCCUUUCGUUGGAAUGCUGCUCUCGUCGGUAGUAGCAGGAUUCUUAACCGAUACUUUUGGUCGCAAGAAAUUCAUUGUCUGUGGUUAUGCUGGCAUUUUUUUCUUUACUGUGAUAUCAGCCUUCAGUCAGACUUUCGAAAUGUUGAUGUUCAGCAAAUUCUUCGAAGGAGUAUUGUUUGCAUCAGCACACAGUGCCUGUACAACUUUGACGGCUGAAUUUUGUCACAAAGACAUAAGAGACCGCGUAAUGUUGUUCCAAUCUGCUUAUAAGUCCGUAGGUCAGAUUGUUCUAUCUCUUAUUACAUGGGCCGUUCUUAUACAAGAUUGGAGAGUUGCAGUUUUUGAUGGGCAUAUUGUUCUGAACACGUGGAAUGUCUAUCUUCUUAUAAUUUCGCUGUUUUCCUUCAUGGCCUGUGUUCUAUACAGCUUUCAACCGGAAAGUCCGAAGUAUUUAGUGGCACAAAAUAGAUUGGAUGAAGCCCGGGAAACGCUCAUAAAAGUAUACCUAACAAAUACUGGAAAUCUCGUGGAAACUUUUGAAUAUGCUAACUUGUGGAAAGACAAGCAAAAAUCAACAGAACAGAUUGAAAUCAAAACGACACUGUCAAAUCGACUUUUAGUAGGAUUACACAACAUUAAGCCGAUUUUCAAAAGGCCAUUGGUUUCUAUAUUGAUUCUAUUCUCUCUUUUAAACUUCCUUAUUAUGGCAAUGUACAACAUAAUCAGAUUAUGGUUUCCGCAACUAUCAACAAUAGUGGAGCAUUAUUAUGGAAAAAAUGGUAAUUACGAGCUCUGCGUAGUGCUAGAUGCUUACACGGAAGAUUUGAGAUUAAGAAAUGUUAACAUUACUGACGUUGGUUCUGAAGUUUGUGUGCCGACGCGCAGCGGCUCCGAAACUUACAUAAACAGUAUCAUCCUAGGCUUCAUUUGCCUCACUCCAUUAAUGUUAAGUGGUGCUUUAGUCAACAAAUUGGGCAAAAAAUUAUUGUUACUAGUUUCUGGAGUAUUAACUGUAGCAGUCACAAUCUGGUUAAGAUGGGCAAGUUCAAAGGCGGAAGUGGUGGGACUCUUCGCUGCUGACAUGGCUAUUGGGCAGACUAUGAUGAGUCUUUUACAGGUUACCACUGUGGAAAUUUUUCCUACUACCACCAGAACCUUAGCAAUUGGAAUAAUGAUGACAAUGGGCCGCAUAGGUUCUCUUGUGGGUAACGUAAUGUUUCCUGUACUCCUGAGCAUGGGAUGUGUAGUUCCAUUCUAUACUUUAGCCGGUUUCAUGACUGCUGUGACCGUAAUGAGUAUUUUAGUGCCAAAGAAAAAACCAGAUAUGUAAAGUCUAUGAAAGUAAACGUGGACGUGAACAAGGGAAUGAAGUAUGCCGUUAUAAUUACACAAAUACAAUCUUAAAAACAAAUCAUAGCUGUUUUUGUUCUUGAUACAGGUAAUUAGUAAGUGCAGUUGAGUACAAAGAGCACGCGGGAAGCCGCAGCACCGUCCUCUUUAUAGGGCGUGGAAAGAGCCAUCU